GUCUGGCACGGCCCCCUCGUCGGUCUCUCAUACCAGCCCCUCUAUCCUAGAGAUUGGCCGGCAGGCAGCUGGCACCUCAGUGACCUGUAGUAGCCUGGCACCGCCGAAGCAAGUGCCCGCCUGGAGGACCCUGGGAGCGGCGCAGUGCGCACACACUCCGGCUGCCGGCUGAAGGAAGCGGCUCUCAUCUAGCAGCAGCAGCCAAGCCUGCAGGAGUCUACCGCAGCCCGCCAUCCCAGCCGCUGCACCAAGCCUGCUGGCACACAGGAUUAAGAAAAACAUGGGGAGGAAACUGGAUCUUUCUGGUCUGACCGAAGAAGAAGCUGAACAUGUCCUUCAGGUUGUCCAGCGAGAUUUCAGUCUCAGGAAGAAAGAAGAAGAAAGGUUAAGUGAACUAAAGCAGAAACUGGAUGAAGAGAGCAAUAAGUGCUCCAUUUUAUCAAAGCAUCAGAAGUUUAAUGAACAUUGCUGCAUUAGAUGCUGUUCUCCCUUCACAUUUCUGAUCAACUCCAAGCGGCAAUGUCUGGACUGCAAGUUCAACAUCUGCAAAAACUGCAGCUCUUUCCAAAAGAAAGAGAAGGCCUGGAUUUGUAAUGUUUGCCAGCAAACCAGGCUUUUGAGAACCCAGUCACUGGAAUGGUACUACAACAAUGUCAAAAGCCGCUUCAAACGUUUCGGCAGUGCAAAAGUGCUGAAGAAUUUGUACAGAAAGCACAGAUUGGAGACCGGAGCCUGUGUAGAUAUUGCAGAGGGAAGUUUCAUUGAUGAAAGCUUAGAAAAUGAAGGAAGUAUUUGUGGGAGUGACUCAACGUUCUACAGGCAGACACAAGGACACAGUAUGAUGGACACCCUUUCAGUGGCCUUACGUGUGGCAGAAGAGGCUGUAGAAGAAGCGAUUGCCAAGGCCGAGUCAUACAGUGAUAGCUUGGAUAAACAGAAUGAGGCUUGUUAUUUGCGGGAGCACAAGGAAGAACUGAUUGAGGAACUGGCUACAACCAUUGUACAAAAGAUAAUUAAGAGGAAGAAGAGCAAAGGCGAUCAAGCUGAGGCACUUUAUGAGUGGCCGCAGUCCAGUGUUCUGACCUCACCAGCUACGUCUGAGAGAAGCAUGCUGACCCUGCAGGAGAGAGGAUCAGAUAUGCUGUGGAGAUCCCACUCUGCUUUCUCUGUAAUGAGUGAAGAUGCGGCAAGUAACCAUGUGGAUGUCAAAUCUAGUACCCCAGAAUCCCGCUACUCAGCACAAAGAAGCCACAAAAGAAGACUUAAAGAAGCUAGACCAUCUACAUUGCCAAGUUGGAAGAGUGUGGACAGUCUUUAUGAUUCAAGUCCAUCUCCUGUACUGCAGAGUUCUGAUGGAAACUGGGUAGCAUUACAAAGUAUAACCUUGCCUCCACCAAGAAUGCUUGCCCAACCAAAGAGCCAAGUGUUCAAAUCCUUAGAGAACGAGUCUACUGUAGUCUCUGCUUAUGAUGAGAUGGGCUCUGACAGUGAUGAAGACGUUGACUGGAACUUAGCACUUAAUGCAUAUCGCAGAAGAGCAAGACAGAUGUCAGAUGAUUCCUGUUAUAUGGACACCCAGUAUAAUACAGAAUGGGCUUGUGGCAAUGAUUAUUAUCAGCCCGUAACAUCUCCGUCAUCUGGCUUGUUCACAAACACAGAAACAGUCUAUUCCGACUCCGAAACCUCUUCUAUUAACUCCUUGAAAGAGAGCAGGCUGUCUGCAAAAUCUCUAUGGCCAAACAGAAAGAGUGCAUGUGGGCAGACGCAUAAGGAACACGUUUAUGGAAAGAUGGAUAUCAACUUCAACCCACAGUCCAUUAGCAUGGAAUACUCUGACAGUAGUGAGGCGGAAAAAAACCAUGCCGAUACUGAGAAACGGUCAAGGAGGUGGAGGAAGAAUAAAGUAUCCCUGGAGGAGAUGGGAGAGGGGAGCAGCACCAUGAUGAAAGUGCAGAAAAGGACUCUGGACACUAAUAAGAGCUGUAGUGACUUAUCAGAAACUGGGAUGAGCAGUGGAGAUCAGCAUCACAGAACGAAAAGUGAUAGCAUUGAGCAAAAACUAAAAACCAGAUUAACUGAAUUAACAGCAAAGAUGAGCGACAGAGAAACUUCAUCCGGAGAUGAGCAUGAGCCAGAGCCUAGACUGAACACGGAAAAUAUUUCAUCAGAAGACAAUUCCACGUGUGUGCAAGAGGAAUUGAAAAAGAAAUACUCUGCUGUGUCUCUCUGCAACAUUUCAACAGAAGUCCUAAAGGUCAUCAAUGCAACUGAGGAACUGAUAGCAGGAUCCACAGAUCCAUGGGAUUCCCCAGCAAAUACACUUGAUCAAGAGACUUUACCUAUAGUUGCUAACCCUCUCAGACUAGAUGAACAGCUCACCAAACUGGAAGAAAAUGUGUACCUCGCAGCUGGCACUGUGUAUGGGUUAGAAGGGCAACUUGAGGAGAUAGAAGACUCUGCACGCAAAAUCAACAGUGUAACUACAGAGAUUGAACUCGCAGAUCUUGAAGAUCAAGUUGCGACAGCAGCUGCCCAGGUUCAUCAUGCUGAGCGUCAGAUUUCAGAUAUUGAAUGUCGAAUAUCAGCUCUUACAGUAGCCGGCUUGAAUGUCUCUCCAUGUGUACGACUUACGAGGAGACGUGAGCAGAAUAAUAUUAAUCAGGUUCAUACAAUAGACACCUCUAGACAACAAAGAAGAAAACUUCCAGCAACUCCUCUGCAAGAUGGAGAACCUGAACUUCCAGCAGUGACCAUAAUGAAGUCAUGUAAUAGAAACUUUGUGCUGCAAGGGUCUUUAACUCAAAGAACUAGAGAACGGAAGAGUUCUGUCAAGGAAGUUAUGGAACCCAGUAAAGGAUCCACCGUAAUGUAUUAACAUAUUUAUACUGCCAAAAAAAGUAUAAUGCCUAAAGCGUACACAAGAGUGCCUUUAUUUGAC